AUGGCCGACGCCCUCGUUCGCCGCUCUGCUCCCGUCAGGCACUGCGGCCGGAGGCGGAGCCAGGCAGGGAAGGGUCACAUGACGCAGACCUCCUCCCUGAGUGGGUGGAGACUCGUGGCGGCUGACGGGCGGCCGCCAUCUUGUCCGUUUAAGGUGUCCCGGCCCUGUUUGCUUGCGCUGGCUGAUUCCUCCGGUUUCCUUUAUGGUCAAGAAGCCAGCGAUGAGAUUCCGUUGGCACAGCAGCGAGGGGACAGUGACGAUGGAAGCCCAAGUGGCACAAAUGCAGGAACUCCCUCUGGUGAUGAUUUCAGCCUCUCCUUGGUGGACACUAAUCUGCCAUCUGAAGCGGAGCCAGACCUGCGCAGUUUCAUUGCUAAGCGUCUUUCUAAGGGAGCAGUGUUUGAAGGGCUGGGUAAUGUUGCAUCUGUGGAGCUGAGGAUUCCAGAUUACCGGGUCGGUUGUUAUUACUGUCUUUUCCAGCAAGAAAAACUGCUUCCUGAAACAGCAACAGUGGACUCUGAACGUAACGCUUCAGAGUAUGUGGUCUGUUUUUUAGGAGGGUCUGAAAAAGGACUUGAGCUUUUCAGGCUUGAAUUGGACAAGUACAUUCAAGGCCUGAAAAAUAACAUGAACUGUGAGGAAAGAGGCCUGGAGAACCAUAUAAAAUCCUACUUGAGCAGCUGGUUUGAGGAUGUUGUAUGCCCAAUCCAAAGGGUGGUUCUUCUCUUUCAGGAGAAGCUUACCUUUCUGCUGCAUGCCGCUCUCAGUUAUACCCCUGUUGAAGUUAAAGAAUCAGAUGAAAAAACAAAGAGAGACAUUAACAGGUUUCUGAGCGUAGCCAGUCUUCAAGGCCUCAUCCACGAAGGCACCAUGACGUCUUUGUGCAUGGCCAUGACAGAGGAGCCGCGUAAAUCUGUGGUCAUCGAUUGUAGUAGCUCCCAGCCCCAGUUCUACAAUGCAGGAAGCAACCGGUUUUGUGAGGAUUGGAUGCAGGCUUUUUUGAAUGGCACCGAAGGAGGUAACCCUUUUCUUUUUCGACAAGUACUGGAGAACUUUAAACUAAAGGCCAUACAAGACACAAAUAAUUUGAAGAGAUUUAUCCGACAGGCAGAAAUGAAUCAUUAUGCUUUGUUUAAAUGCUACACGUUCCUGAAGAACUGUGGGAGUGGAGAUAUCCUUCUGAAGAUUGUUAAAGUGGAACACGAAGAAAUGCCCGAGGCCAAGAACGUGGUGGCCGUCCUCGAGGAAUUUAUGAAAGAAGCCCUCGCCCAAAGUUUGUGA